ACAGAUUCAAAAUCCAAGAAAUUCAUCGAAGUCGGUACAACAAUGGAUGCAGCCGGCGACUACGACACUUCUUGGAAGUCCUCCACCAACUGGUCCAUCGCCGAUGGUUCUCUCCGUAACUCCGUUAUCUUUGAAUCAACAAUUGCGCCAAUCACCGGAUGCGAUCAACACGAGCUCGGCGUCGAUGACCCAAACGCCGUCGAUUCCGCUCCCAGUUCCCCACUUAUCUUGUGCCCUACUUCAUCUGAUUCCGGCCCCUGCGAGAUUACGAUUGCGUUUGCACAAAGCCACGAAGUUAGACAGGUUUAUGUCCGAAGUACUGCUCGAGUAUAUGAAAUGUAUUGUGCUCCUAAACAUCAGAGCAGUAAUGAGUAUCUCUGUACUGUUCGAUGUGGUGUUGCUUGUAGAGAUGAAGAGGUGCUUCAAGCAGCCAAUUUUGAUGAAUCUGAAAUGGCUCAUCUAAAAGGAGGUAAUACAGUGUUGGAUGAAAAGAGGCUGAAGAGUGAUAGCAAUUCCACCUCCACUGAAAAUGAUUGGGUUGAAGUGAAAGGUCCUGAUACUCCUCUGCUUGAUAGUAGGAGCAAUGUGCCAUCAAAUUCCACUGUGAACUCAAGUAGCACACAGGAUUUAUACGAGGCUACUGCUGAGAUCAAUGAUGCCAACCCCUGCAUUUCUAUUACUCUCCGUUUGCUUUCGCUUCAGAACAAAGGCUGUGUUUGUGUUGAUGAAAUAUAUGUGUUUGCUGAUCUUGUUGAUGUAGCUGAUUCAGAAACUGAAGUCGGUCAGAUGGGAAAUGCAGGAGGAAAUUCUCUUAUGGCCAUGCUUGCUCCCACACUACUGCAAUUAUCUAAAACAGCAGGUCUUCGCCGCAUAGAAAAUGAAGAGGUUUUUGGCACAAAGAAAAAGGAAAAGAAACAAGAAAAUGGGUCAAAGGCCAUUGAACAAUUAAAUUUUAGAAAUGAAACCCACCAAGAAGUAAAACCCAGUUUAGCCAAUCAACAGGACUUGAACUCGCAGGAAGAGAUUGCAGCAACUACUGAACUGAAUCAACAUGAGAUACCCCAAGGUAAACUUGGAGCAUCCCAGGCUGAAGUAGCAUGUGGGCAUUCUGAGAGAUUCCUGAAUGAGCUUGUUUCUCGAAUCAGCAGAGUAGAAGAUCUCCUAUUAAAGUUUGAAGAGAACAUGCUAAAGCCCAUAAACAACAUUGAUGCAAGGCUCCAGCGUGUAGAGCAACAGCUUGGAGAACUCACUAAGAACCCUAAGAAUUCUGAAUUGCCAACUUGCACAGGAUUCUACGCGCCUGAAUUUUCAUGCCAUGAUUCAGAUAAUUACUCUUCUAACAUUGGAAAUGAAUCUUCAGUGCAUGAGAUAUAUGCAUCACAUGAGAAGGAUAUUUCAUCAACUAACCAACUUGAUGAAACUCUUUGUUCUGUACAUGGUACUCGGCCAUUACCAAGUCUUGUUGUCACUGCGCCUGAUUUUUCUAAUGCUGAUGACAAGGAAGAUAAUCAUGCAUCGGAAACUGGUUCUUCCGAUGAUAAACCAAAGAAGUCUGUGUCAGUUGAUGCUGCAUUAGCAUCUGCCCUUGCCAACUUCCUUUCUUCAACUUCCAAAGAACCAGAGAAUUAUACUCAAGUUGUAAAAGCUCCUGAAUUUUCACUUGAAGAAGAUGAUAGUAUCGAUAAAAUGGUGUCACCAGAAUCACAUUUUCAAGUAACAUCUGAACCUAGCUGCCUUGACACAAGAGAUGGAAACGAUUCAAUGACAGCAUCAGUGCCCUCAAACUGUUCUUUAGAGAGGAUCCGGGAGGCGACUUGCUCUCUUAAUGACGAUGAUUCUGAGCAAGCAGCUAAGGAAGUUGUUGAAGACUGUCAAAAUCAAAGUUCUUGCCAUGACACGGUUGAACGCAUAGAAACUUCAGCCAAACAUGAAAACCAGAUAGCAGGGGACAUAGGAGAUGGGGAGGUUAACAAUGCAACAGGCAAAAUUUUGGUUCUUGAUGAAGUAAAUAUCCUGUUAGAAUACCUUGAAAAUCAUGUUGAUGAUGCUUCUGAUGUUGAUGUGGAAAGAGCUCCUGGAAACAAGGAAAUUAAAGCCGAAGUAGCUAAACAAGGUCCACAUGAAGAGAUCCUUCAGAACUUUCUGGAAUUAUCAUAUGCUUCUUCUGUAGUGGAUUUUGAAACUCCAAUCCUGGAUGUAAAGUUUUCUUCUCAAGACAGCUCCAGUAGCAAGUUGUCCCUUGAAGCCCUUUUGUCCGACAUGCAAGUCACAGAUACUACUGCAUCUUGCUCUAAAAAAAGUGAUGAUGGUUCCCAACCUGGUGAAGAGUGGAAGUUGAUUUCUGUCGAGGAAAGGGAGCCAGCAUGGCCGAUAGCUGGUAAUUUUUCCUUUGGAUCAUCAGCUUCUGUUACUGCUCCUAGCACUGCACCUGCUCUCUUUGGGUCGUCCACUGGUGCCUCCUCAAACUCCAUAUUUUCUUUCACUUCAGCUAUAGUUGCUACGCCUUCACAGUCUGUGUUUGGUAACACCAAUCCGGGCCUGGUGUUUGGGUCAACUCCUGCUGCAGUUGCUAUGCCAUCGCAGUCCGUGUUUGCUAACACCAGUCCCGGCUUGGUGUUUGGGUCAACUCCAGCUGCAGGUGCUACUCCAUCGCAGAAUGUGUUUGGCAACACCAGUUCAGGCUUGGUGUUUGGGUUAACUCCAUCUAGUAAUAAUGAUCAAAUGGAGGAUACUAUGGAAGAUGACACUGCUCAAACUGCACCAACUGUUCCAACAUUUGGUGAACCGCUAAUCUCACCUCCUGCAUCGGGGUCUCCUUUUGGUGCAUCAUACACAGCAGGAGCCACGUUUCAAUUUGGAGCCCAACCAACCACAUCACAUAAUCCAUCUCCAUUUCAGGCUUCCAGCAGUCAGGAAUUUGGUGCUGGAGGGAGCUUCUCAUUGGGAUCCAGCGGUGUUGACAAGUCUACUAGAAGAUUUGUGAAAGUCCGCAGGCAGCGGAAGGAGUAAAAAGGUUCCGCUUAAUUAUGAUGGUAGAGGAGAAAAGCACCUGAUGACUGUUGCUCUACGCAGUGUGGCCGUGCCAGUCUGAACUUUGAAAAAUGGUGUCGGUCCUACAUAAGCAUGCGUAUACAGUUUUCCAAUCUUCUUAGGGUUGUGGCAUUAGUCGUCAUAAUUUGAAUGGUGUUCCGAGUUAGUAGCAUAGUGAGAAAGAGAGUUCACCUAGGUGAUAUGAGUGAUUUCAUUCAGGUUUCGUGUACCCUCGUCUCUAUUGUAACAUAAAAGGAGGUUGAAAACCUGGAUGAUUAUCGUGCAUGGAGCGAUCACAAUGCUUCUGUAGGUGAUGGGGAGCCGACUUCGCAUGAUUCAGUGGAUCCGGAGUUUGAAAAGUUGGAUUAUCCUGCAUGUAGCGACCAUGAAGUUGGGGUAACAAGCCUUAUAUGAAACACAAGUACUGGCUUUACAUCAUGUUGUAAAUACUCGUAGUUUGUGUUUCGGAAACUUAAUCUUGACUGUUAAUAAUUGGAAGUUAAUAGAACAUUACUGAUUGUUAGUGUGA